AUGAAUCCUGCGACUGUAACCUUCGCUAGGUGUUUGAGGCACCCAUCCCAAUUCUCCACCGGCUUCUGCUCGUCAUGUCUGGUCGAAAGGUUAUCCAAUGUUUAUGCCGCAGAGCGGGGUCCUAGACGACGAAAGGAAGCGGGCGACCUCUCUCUGUUUGUAUCUCCAUCAGAUUUUGACCAGAAAAAUCACAAAGUCAGGGAGAGAAGAACUCUCCUGUCCCUUUUCCGUCUCGACGAUGAGUGCAAUCUUGAUGCUGAGAGGAAUCAGUCUGCGACGGAGAACUCAGCCGCAGGGAAUGUGAGGUUCCACGCUGAUGCCGGUGAAUCCGACACGGUCGGCUCUCUUACCAUUGGUUCCUCUGCCUCUGGCUCGAUGGACGUGUCUCAAGCGGUGAAGCAAAGCCCGGCAAGUAGUGAGAAUUCAAAGCUGAAUGGCGCUUCAUUUCGGAUGAAUGCUUCGUUUUCAAUGAAACAACUAUGUCGGAGGAUGAAGAUCGCCGAAAGGGAAAGCUCAUUGCGUGAGGUGAGCCAGAGUAGUGGUCUUCAUGAGCAGGAAUGGUCAGGCGGCAAGAAGAGCUUCCGGCACUCUUGGGAAGGGACGACCCCUUGUGAUCCAAGCAAAGCUCGGGAGAAUUCAAGGCAUUCGUGGGACGGGCUGAUGAUUGGCAGGGCGUUUUCUUGCCCCUUUUCCUGCGUGAAGGAGUCGCAGGAUGAGAAAAUUGAUGAUUUAUGGGCCCGUGAUGCCUCUAAGCUGUCGAUGUCCCGAAGGAGAAGCUCUCCAGACCUGUCUGAAGAGGCCACGACUUCUCAAGGUAAGACGUCUUUCGGAACGACUGAUUCGUGCACGUCCAUGUAUGCGAAUUCUGCUCCGGACAAGGUCUCGCCUCCUCCGCAGAGGAGAAGUGCAAAACCUCCCCAGGAGGAGAAAGGCCCCCAGGAUGCUGGUGUUCUGGGGAACAGCAGAAGGAAAUCUCACAGAUGGAACAGGGUGUGGAGCUGGAGCAUCACCAGCCCUUUUAGGGAGAUUACCCGGAGCCAGGAACGCUCCCUAGAGAGAUCUCUAUCAGAACCUGGGCAGGGAAGACGCAGAAUGAAGACCGUUGAGACAUCCAGUUCAGUGACUGGGCCUCAUUUUUCCGGCCAUGGGAUGGGUAGAAUUAGGCACUCUCUCUACAAAAGCAGGAACACUGAGAAUGGAGAUCUGUACGCCAUGAGAAACGACAGUCUCACCAAGAAAAGGGAGAGAAACUUUAGUCGAAGCAGGAGUGCCCAUUUCUCCUCUCCAAGGAACGUGGGCAGUGGACUACUCCGCUUUUACUUGACUCCUCUGAGAAGCAGCAGAAGAAGUUCAAGCAGGAGUAGAAACAGGACUUCGUAUUCAUUUGGCCCUGGUCUUUUUGGGUUUCACUAA